CUCGUGUCGUCACUUCAAGGGCCGCUCGUGAUUGGCCUGGGCCGCAGCGGGGUGUGGAACAGGAGGCGGGCUCCUGACGUCACGGCUGGACGUGAGGGUGCGUGAUGACGAAGGUCGACCCCCGUGUCUUUAUGAAACACAGGAUCCGUCCAUGAGCAGCGAGUCUCUGCCUCCGAGAAGCUGCCGUCGGUGUCCCCGUAAGAACCUGCGCGUGAGCACCGCCUCAUCUCCCCGCCGCUGCCCGCUCUCGGCUCCCUCCGGCUCCACGUAGAGGUUGUCUCUGCCUCCCUUCCUCCGGCCGCUACGCUCCGACAACACGCAUCGCGGGGGAACGAGCCAACGGUUAGCUGAGAAGGGAAGUGGGCUCCUCGCUCUCUUUCAUCGGGCAGAUGCUCCCAGCCGCCCAGCUUGACAAGAGUGAUGGGAUGUGUCAACUAGAUGACGCAGUCCUAGACGAUGAAAUUGGACUGAAGGGUACAUCUGCAGUGUUCACACCAGAGCGAGACAACGACAUUGAAUACACAAGGAUGGGCGUGGGGAAAAACACCACUUCCAAGUCGCUGGACAGCAGCAGCGAGGGAGGAAAAUAUGAAGAGGAGGGCAAACAUGGCGCUGAUUUCUACCCUAUUCCGGUGGUGGUCAAUGGAGUUGGCGGUGCCAGUGGAGAUCAGGAUACUGAGAAUACAGAGCUAAUGGCAAUAUACACUAAAGAUAAUCAGAAUGCAGAAAAGAGCUCGAUGUCUGAGACGCUGGACAGCACAGACAGUAUUGAUGCAAGGAGGAUGGAUAUGAUCUAUACCAUUGAAGACACCCCACCCUGGUACCUGUGUGUGUUCUUGGGCUUACAGCACUACUUGACGUGUUUCAGUGGGACAAUCGCGGUGCCGUUCCUCCUUGCAGAGGCGAUGUGCGUUGGAUUCGAUCAGUGGGCCACCAGUCAGCUCAUAGGGACCAUCUUCUUCUGUGUAGGGAUCACCACCCUGCUACAGACCACACUGGGCUGCAGGUUGCCUUUGUUCCAAGCCAGCGCUUUUGCCUUCCUCGCACCAGCCAGAGCCAUCCUGUCGCUGGACAAAUGGAAGUGUAACAAUACAGAUGUUGCAGUGUUUAAUAGCACAGAGCUCCUCCACACAGAGCAGAUCUGGCACCCCAGGAUACGAGAGAUCCAGGGCGCCAUCAUUGUGUCCUCCCUAAUUGAAGUGUGUAUUGGAGCACUGGGUCUUCCCGGUAUCCUGCUGAAGUACAUCGGACCCCUGACCAUCACCCCCACUGUGGCCCUUAUCGGCCUCUCUGGUUUCCAGGCCGCAGGCGAGAGGGCUGGAAAACACUGGGGCAUUGCUAUGCUGACUAUCUUCUUGGUGCUGCUCUUCUCUCAAUAUGCCAGAAAUGUUCAGUUCCCUCUCCCAGUCUACAAAGCCAAGAAAGGCUGGACUUCUUAUAAACUUCAAGUCUUCAAAAUGUUUCCUAUCAUCAUGGCCAUUCUGGUGUCAUGGCUGUUGUGCUUCAUUUUCACUGUAACUGACGUUUUCCCGCCGGAGAAGGAUAAGUACGGUUUCUACGCCCGCACAGACGCACGACAGGGAAUCCUCAAAGCUGCACCGUGGUUUAAGAUCCCAUAUCCCUUCCAGUGGGGUUUUCCAACUGUAACAGUGGCCGGUGUGAUCGGUAUGAUGAGUGCUGUGGUGGCCAGCAUCAUCGAGUCGAUUGGAGAUUACUAUGCCUGCGCUCGUCUCUCUUGCGCUCCUCCACCUCCCAUCCAUGCCAUCAACAGGGGGAUAUUCAUAGAGGGUAUUUCCUGUGUGCUCGAUGGGCUUUUUGGCACAGGAAAUGGUUCCACCUCCUCCAGUCCAAAUAUAGGUGUCCUGGGAAUCACAAAGGUGGGCAGCAGACGUGUGAUUCAGUACGGAGCUGCCAUGAUGUUGCUGCUGGGGAUGGUGGGUAAAUUCAGCGCCCUGUUCGCCUCUCUGCCUGACCCUGUCCUGGGAGCUCUGUUCUGCACCUUGUUUGGUAUGAUCACUGCAGUGGGACUCUCCAACCUGCAGUUCGUGGACCUCAACUCCUCCAGGAACCUCUUUGUCCUGGGCUUCUCCAUUUUCUUCGGUCUGAUGCUGCCGAGCUACCUUAAACAGAACCCGCUGGUCACAGGUAUUGUUGAGAUUGACCAAGUGCUGAACGUGCUCCUCACAACAGCCAUGUUUGUCGGAGGCUCUGUUGCCUUCAUUUUGGACAACACUAUCCCUGGUACCCCUGAAGAGCGAGGCGUCAAGAAGCUGAAGCUUGGCUCUGGUCUCAGCACAGCGGAACUGGAAGGGAUGAGAUCAUAUGACCUGCCGUUUGGAAUGGACUUCAUUCGCAGACACUCCAUCUUCAAGUACAUCCCCAUCAGCCCUGCAUUCACAGGCUACCAGUGGGGGAGGCUACAGGAAUCCUGCAGGAGCAGAAUGGGACAUAGAGAUGGGGUGAAGGGAGGAGGAAUGGGAGGGGAGGGAGGCGGGGCACCAGGAGAGAGUCGGGUAUAGCCAACAGGCUUAUGGGCAAUGGGAAGCAAGGGAUGGUACACUGAGAUGAAAGGAUGGAAGAGUGGAGGACAGAAGCGGUGCAGGAUUGGUUGGAAGAAAUGUGACGCACCAUCCCCUCGUCAUUAUGUGUUUUCUUUAUCUUGUGUCAGUCUUUUUCUGCCUCCCACUACGCUGGUUUUAAGCAUGCUACAGUAAAUCACAGCAUGUUCCAAGAUGUCAUCACCACACAGAGAUGAAUUGGUGUGUGUGCAUAUGUCCACAAUAUGCAGCAAGAGAUGGCGGCACUUUAAUCCAGAACGAGAGCGAUGGAUGUCAAACAAUCAAAGCUGAAUGUUUGUGGAUUCACUGACUCGUUAUUACUGCUAACUACUACUGGCCAUGUCAGUUUCUGACACACAUUCUACUGAGCGCGACGGUAGAUCUGAUUAUGUCAAUUGAGGAUUAUGCAAAAUUAUUUACUUAGUUAGAAAUCAUUUGCCUCAAGACUCAUUAUGCAACAGCAUUAGAGACACACGCAUGCACAUACACCAACAGCCUCACCACAAAACAAGAGCGACAAUGCACGUUGGGGCGUCAUGCAGACCGAGUCAAGUUUUUAGUCAGGUGCCCUUACUCAUGCAAAGUGAUUAUGAAAUUUAUUUUGCACUAUCUGCCUCCUGAGUUCAAAUGUAGAAUGUCCCUCCACAGCUCGCUCCUCCAUUUCUUCAGUAAAACUCCUCAGAGACCCAGCACAUCUCAUCUCAUGCUGAAGAAUCUCACUUUUUAAAUUAGUGCAGAUAUUCACUAGAUCUCCCACUGGGCAAAAAUCUACAAACCUUCCAGUUUACGUGUCUUUGCUACGUCAGUAUUAUGCAUCAUUAAUUAACGAGACCAAAACACUUAGUUUACCUGGACACACCGAGACUCAUUGGACUCUCGAAUGGGACUUUUUUAUACUUCAGUUCAGAAGAGAAUUAAAAUCAAUUUUUAUCUCAUAACCUGAAUAAGCUUAUUGCACAUCUCUGCAGGCACAUUUUGAAUCAAGCUUUUUAUAAUGCCUGAGCAAAAGCCACAGUAACAUAAACACAUGGCCUCAGAAUUAAAUAUCUCUCUUCAGGCACAUGUCCUAUGUUUAACAGUAAUGUGUGUUAAUGUAGGAUUUACCCCCCCCCCCCGCGACUAUCCAAACCAAUGUGGUUUUUCCAUCAUUGCAUUCAGUGAGCCCUUACGUAAUCGUACUCAGAAGUAAGGAUGUUGAUUUUGAAUAUUUGAAUGUAAUAACAGAAAUUUUGAGAGUUAACAUUAAUUAAUUGUUCUGACUCCAGUCACACAUUGUGUUUUUUGGAAGCAGCCAAUCAUGAUCGUCGCUGAUGUCAUUAAUACAAUUUUUGCAUUUUUUAACAGUGUCCCCUCCCACUCUCAUCUCUCAUCAGUUAGUUCACUGCUGUAGUUCAGACUGUUUCAGAGCAUCAGCAGCCUGAACACCAUCCACCCCAGGAGUGACGUCUCUAACUCGACUCGUAUGUGUGUCUCGGCUUCUUUAACAGAAAGAAAAUCAACAGUUUGAAAAAUACCAGAUGAGAAUUUGCAAGAUAACAAUUUGAGUAAAUGCAGGAAUAAAAAAAUAACAGCUUAAAAUGAACUACUAAACAUUAGUAGCCUGGCCUUAUUGAGAUCAAACCAAAAUGCUAAAAAAAAAAGUCUUUAUUUCCGCUUCUUAUUGUUCUUAAACCAUAAACCAAAAUUCCUUAUUCUGAGGGGGAACAAAAUUAGUUUCAAAUCUCCAAAUUUCUCACUUUUUUAACUCAUCUGUUAAAGCUAUUUAUUUAUUUAUGAGAAAAAAGUGGAUGUUUAGCGAUUGUUUGAGGCAGGUUUAUUUGCCUCUUGUACAAUGUUUAAAAUAUAUUUAUUAUUUCACUUGUUAAUGCCCUGUUUUAAAAAACAAAAGGAAAAGUAGGUUUGAUGAUGUCGUACUGCUCCUCCCUCAGCUGCAGUUGGUGCUUUGAGAAACUCAAAGGACAACCACCUUUCCUAAAGUCAGUCUCUACUGUAAACUAAAAAAGUACGCUGCUUCCAUUUCAUUCCAUUUCUAUCACAUUGUUAAUAUAAAGAGAGAUGCACUUAAAAAUGUGGAACUGGAUGAUUUAUUCAAAUUUCAGAGUCAGGGCCUUUUUACCUACACGUACUGUUUGCACACGUAAUGGUGCCAAGAUGAUCGGGGUCAGACUGACUCAUUCUCACUGAGCUCAAACCCUGUUAUGUGCUUAUCCACAUUCAUUGUCAGUGUGAACUUUUUUUUUUGGGUGACCUGAGGACUUAACUGUUUUGUUCUGAACAUUUAGGGCCUCAGUCUCUGAUAGCAUCGUUAGCUUUAGCCACAUUUAAGACCCCGUCUCUCUUUCUGUUACUCUCAGGAUUUGAUCACUAAGCAAAGUUUAGUGGAAAGAAAGAAACAGAUUGCAUGUUUCCCAGCGGGCUGUGUUUUUGUGAUCUCGCUAAGGUCUAAUGUCUGCCUGGAAUGAUAACAUGAGAACCCUGACUAAAUAUUAUUGUGAGCACAAUUUUCAGCCAUCUUUAUCAGAAUGCAGUUUCAAUAAAGUCAGAUGAAAAUGUUUACAGAGCUACCGCAGCUAAAAUUCCUAUUACGGUCACAGAUUUUAAUAUGAAUUUGUUCAAAUGUCAUUGUCCCCACACGUGUUAUCAUUCUGGGUAGACUGACAUCAGUGAUGUGACCAAAUCCCAGAGAAACAUAAAAGCUGAUGAAGUCUUAAAAGAAGGCUUGGCUAGUUCCUGACCAUUAAUGUGUGUGGAACCUGUUCAUCUAAAGCCUCAUCAUCCUCACGUACGUGUUGGCUGGCAGCACCACCGCUGUAGAUAAGACGUAACCACUGCAGCUGGUGUGUUUGAAACCCUUGCCCAGGCUGUUUCACCUUGUUCAAGGGGGGGUGAGGAUCACAUAGAGGACGGAGAGCCACCACCACAUCCUGCAUCUGUCUCUCAGUGAGGGGGUGGGCGGACGGUGGUCUCAGCGGUCUGACGGACCUGUUAUCAAUUCUCUUGUAUGUGACAUGCACACAUUAGCGCAUGGACAACACGUGACAUUGUUUCCCCAUCAUGUUUGUGUAACCAGCACUUAUUUGUCUCACCAACAUCACACACACACACACACACACACACACACUUGUUAAACAUCUCUAGUGACCUCAUGUUUAGUGUACCUGGUUUUGUCCCUGGGAGUUCUUACUGUCGUUUCUGGAUGUAGGAGAAGACACCGGCUGGCCAUCUUAUUAAGAGCCUGUUGGUCUUUGGCAGCUGUGUGAACCUGCCUUAUUUUUCAAUACCAAGAUGAACGUUGGAUGAUUUUGUGCCUCAACACAACUUCCUCUUGAUUUAACUCUCCGGUUAUGUUACAUUCUGUCUUCUUUUCAAAUUUUAUACACAAGCAAAUUCCUUUCUCUCAGUCAUUACAGAAAUAGUUCAGUUACAGUCAAGACACCUUGGAUUUCACAUGACACUACUCCUCGAUGCUUUUCAAGCUUGACUCACAGAGAGGCCACCAACAGAUGGCUCUUGAGAAGGUGGUCAUAAGGUGUGUAACACAAAGACAUCAGUCCCUCUUAUUUUGAAGGGGAUGCUACAUAAAGAAUAUACUAUUGUGUCAAGUGUUUUCUCUUUUUCAAUGUUUUUGUUCUUUUAUACAUAAUUUUUGUGUUUUUACAAGUAAAUAUUUGUAAGAAACAAAUCAUAACUUUUAAUCUUGAAUCAUGCUGGAAAGCGCACCAUUUUGUUGUAUUGUUUAUUUAAAGAGUAAAUGCAUUUUGAUCUUAUUUGAAUUCUGUGGUUUGGGGGAAUUGUUAAGUUUGUUUGUUAGGACCUUUUCAUAUUGUAUUUUUUUACUCUAACAUUGCCCGUUGUCCAUGUUAACACAUUACCAGUACAUAUUAUAGACCGAGCUGGCAAACUUUAAAUAGAUGUAAAAACAACAAAAAGAAAUGUAUAUUUAAUGGAGUAAAGUUUGCUAAACUAAAUUGUGUAAACUAAUUGUAGCAAGAAAAUGUUUUUCUCUUUGUUCCUAAAACUAUUUAAUAAGGUGUUACAGAAUGAA